AGGGCUGUGGGAGAGAGGAGCUGUGAUUGCAGAUCGUUCCCCCCUGGUCUAGCUGAAUCUGACACCUUGUUGGGGUCUCGGUGUCUGAAGGACAGUGACAAUUUGCAGAAGAAGAGGAUGUUUAGCUAGAGCAGAGGACACGGUUGUACAGCGAGAGUCUGAUCUACCUCUCCUCCUGAAGGAGGACCUCUCCAUCCUCUACAGAUUGACAUUACCCCUCUUGAGCAUCAAGGAUGCAAGCGAGAUAUUCUGUGGCGGACCCCAAUGGUCUGGGUGUCGUCCCUUAUCUGAGUGAGCAGAACUACUACAGAACAGCUGGGACUUACGGGAGCAUGGCCACCCUCAUGAGUGUGUACACCGGUCAUGACCAAUACACCUCGGGGAUGAGCAGGUCUUACGGACCCUACCACCACCAGGCAGCAGCCCCAAAGGAUCUGGUUAAACCUCCAUACAGUUAUAUCGCUCUUAUCACCAUGGCCAUUCAAAAUGCUCCUGAUAAGAAGAUCACGCUGAAUGGAAUUUAUCAGUUUAUUAUGGAUCGCUUCCCUUUCUAUCGUGAAAAUAAAAAAGGAUGGCAAAACAGCAUCAGACACAACCUGUCCCUCAACGAAUGCUUUGUGAAAGUCCCACGGGGUGACAAGAAGCCAGGGAAAGGUAGCUACUGGACUCUGGAUCCUGAUUCCUAUAACAUGUUCGAAAAUGGGAGCUUUCUCCGAAGGAGGAGGAGGUUUAAGAAGAAAGAUGAGAGGAACCACAAAGAUCAGAGCAAGCUGCAAACUUCGAUCUCCAGCAUAGACAUUCCAAAGGAUGUUAUCCAUGAGAAGAAAAUUGUCAUCAAAAGCGAAUCCCCGGAGCUACCGGUUAUCACAAAAGUGGAGAACUUAAGCCCUGGUGGUGGCAGUGCCAUGCAAGACAGCCCUAGAAGUGUGGCAUCCACUCCAUCAGCCUCUACCAACAGUUCAAUCCCUGAUCACCACACAGUCAGCAAUGGUCUGUCGGGCUUCAGCGUUGAGAACAUCAUAACUUUAAGGACUUCUCCUCAAGGGGAACUAAGUCCGGUGCCAACUAUCCCGUGUAGGACGGGGAUGGUCCCCUCGUUGCCCAUCAACUAUGCACAGACUCAGACCUUUAUCUAUAGUCAGGCAUGCACACAGGGAAUGGACACUAGUGGGAGCUCUCAGUGCAGUAUGAGGGCCAUGAGCCUGUACACGGGUGACAGGUCAAGCCACAUGUGUGUGCCCACCACCAUGGAAGACACCAUCUCAGAUCAUCACAAUGGCACCACAUCUCCACUGAGCACCAUGAGCCUUGGGUCCAGCCAGGAUAGUGUCCUGACAUCUAGUCACCACCAGCAAAAUGACACAGCAGGGCAGACAGCAUCCUGGUACCUCAACCACAGUGCAGAUCUUAACCACCUCUCUGGGCACACUUUCGGGUCGCAACAGCAGACUUUCCCAAAUGUGAUAGAAAUGUUCAACUCCCACCGCCUUGGGAUUGAAAGCUCAGCCCUCAGUGACCACCAGGUGAGCGGUAACACAAGCUGUCAGAUCCCCUAUAGAUCAACGCCUUCCAUAUACCGCCACACCAGCCCCUACCCCUACGACUGCACUAAGUACUGAUUAAAGCCAGGUUGUCCGGACUGUGUUCAGUGACAUCUUAAUGAAAAAAGAAAA